GUUCCCUGUCUGUCCUUCCCCCUCCCUGGGAAACAGGUGUGUCUGAACUGGGGCUGGAAGCAGAGCCUGAGAGCUGGAUGACUGGCCUUGGGCCUGUUUCCGGUAGGAAUUAGUGGAUUCGGCGGCAGAGGCAGUGCGGAUCCGGCGUUGUCCAGUGAGUUUUUCCAAGGCUGCAUAGAGAUGGCGGCGGCUUUUCGAAAGGCGGCUAAGUCCCGGCAGCGGGAACACCGAGAGCGAAGCCAGCCUGGCUUUCGAAAACAUCUGGGCUUGCUGGAGAAAAAGAAAGAUUAUAAACUUCGUGCAGAUGACUACCGUAAAAAACAGGAAUACCUCAGAGCUCUCCGUAAGAAGGCUCUUGAAAAAAAUCCAGAUGAAUUCUACUACAAAAUGACUCGGGUUAAACUCCAGGAUGGAGUACAUAUUAUUAAGGAGACUAAGGAAGAAGUAACCCCAGAACAACUAAAGCUGAUGAGAACUCAGGACGUCAAAUAUAUAGAAAUGAAGAGGGUUGCAGAAGCUAAGAAAAUUGAAAGACUAAAAUCAGAGCUCCAUCUGCUGGAUUUCCAGGGGAAGCAACAGAACAAGCAUGUGUUCUUUUUUGACACCAAAAAGGAAGUUGAACAGUUUGACGUUGCAACUCACCUGCAAACAGCCCCGGAGCUAGUCGACAGAGUCUUUAAUAGGCCCAGGAUAGAGACCUUGCAGAAAGAAAAAGUGAAAGGAGUUACCAAUCAGACUGGACUUAAGCGAAUAGCUAAAGAAAGGCAAAAGCAAUAUAACUGCCUGACACAGCGGAUUGAACGAGAGAAGAAAUUGUUCGUUAUUGCUCAGAAAAUUCAAACACGCAAAGAUCUUAUGGAUAAAACUCAGAAAGUGAAGGUGAAGAAAGAAACGGUGAACUCGCCAGCUAUUUAUAAAUUUCAGAGUCGUCGAAAACGUUGACAUGUUAUAGAUAAGCCUCGUCAUUCUGCAUCUAAAAUCUGUUGUCUUUUUCUAGUAACUUCAAAUUCCAUUAGUCCAAAUGGCAUGGUUUGUAACCAUAACUAAAUUGUCAGUCUGACAUUUAAUGUCUUUCUAUGGACAACAUUAAAUCUCCCUCUCUUCUGUAAUUGUU